AUGGGGAGUGAUGAAGCAAUUUUGCGAAAGAACGGGCAGGCUCCGAUAUCGAAGUUGGGCGAGUCGCAGCCGGAGGUGUGGCCGGGCGCCCCCAAGGUGGCGGAGGUGCUGGCCCGCUUCAAGGCCAUGCCGGAGCUGGACCAGUGCAAGAAGAUGAUGGACAUGGAGGGCUUCCUCAACCAGCGCAUCGAGAAGCUCCGGGAGCAGCUCCACAAGGCGCAGCGCGAGAACCGCGAGCGCGAGACCACCAUCCUCCUCCACGACGCCGUCGCCGGCCGCCGCCCGGCGGGGCUCGCCGGCCUCUCCGUCGAGGAGAUCGCCAGCCUCGGCUGGAUGGUGGAGAACCGCAUCCAUGGCGUCAGGACCGCCAUCGAGCGCCUCCACGGGCAGGGGCAGGACGGCCCGGCGGCGGCGACGCUGCAGCUGCAGCUGCCUCAGGUGACCGGCCUCCCGCUGGUGCCGUACGGCGGCGGCGGCAUCGGGCCGCCGGCGCCCGGCAGCCGGGACGUGAUGAUGCAGGCGCCGCCGCACCAGCAGGCGGCCUGGCUGAUGGACGUGGCCAAGGCUGGAGGGGACCUCGGCGCGCUGGCCUACAGCGGCUUCGGCGGCGGGCGUGGGAGCUUCGUUGGAGGCGCCGGCACCAGCGCCGCCGGGGCAGACAUGCUGCCGCCGCAGCUUGGCAACAUGGGUGCCGGGUUCGCGUGGGCUGAUCCUGCUGGUCUCUCUUUCCCUCCUCCCAUGUAA